AUGUGCCGCCAAUAUUUCACACUCUACGAAUGGUGCCAAUGCGAAGAAGAUGCCGGCAACAGCGUCUGCGCUGCCCACCGCCGGAAUGGCUGCCCGGGUAUCAGCGUCGAGACCGUGCAUAUGCACUGCUUCUGCGACUCACAUGCCACCCGUGGCUUCAAAUCCGAAAAGGAAACCCGCAAAAAGGAGAAUAAGGUGCGCCGUCGAUCUGAGGAUUCUCUUGAUGAGAAGGAUUCUCUCAGGCGUCGGUGGUACCAGUGGUACCAAUGGCGAGGUUUGCGGUCGCGUUAG